AUGGCGAAACUCAAACCGGGAGUAAAGGGAAAGGGGAAAGCAAAAGCUAAACCAAAGUCCGCUAAGGAGAAGAGCAAAGUUCGAGCGAAUGUAUCGCGGCAGGGUGAUGUACAUCGCGGGGUCAAAGUUCCAGUCCCUACGAAUAUCAAGAAUAGAGCCGCGAAAAAACCAAUCGUUAUAGAUUUAACAUCUUCUUCACCUCCUCCUCCCCUCAUCAAGAAAGUCCCUCCACCACCUCCCCCAAAAAUCAUCGCAACACCACAGAAACAAAACCAAAACCAAAAACACAAACUCGCUCUCUCCUCCCUAUCAACAAGCGAACGAUCUCCCGGUAUCCACUCUCCCAUAACCCGUUCCCUCUCUCUCUCCCUCGCAAAACCACUUAUUCCCGAAAAUGUAUUCAACAUCUCAACUCGGAAGAAUACCACUACCCAGCCUCCAGAAUAUUACAUCCAAUCGCAUCAUAUCAACGAUAUCACACCGGGCACCGUCGUGUGGCUCCCGUCGAAAGAAGAUAUUGUGCAUCAUGCGUACGUGGAUCCGAAGCUGCAUGUGAAUGCGUUUGAUCACCCGGCGGUGAUUGUGAGUAUGCCGAAUCCGGCAAAUGGGUUUUCGGUGGUGGAGAUUGCGAUUAUGACCUCCCUCGGCUCGCGCACUCUCCACGAAACGAAAAAGCUCGGCCACCGAUCCCUCCUCUUCCGCGUACGCACCGCGCAGCUCCCAAGCGCAAAAGUCGAUAUCACAUUCAAAGAGGGGAAGGGGAUGAAGGGGAAAUACAGUUUUGUGAAUUGUCGUGAGUCGUGGCGGGUGCAGAUUGGCACGCUGGGGUUCUAUGCGAGGGGGAGGGGGACGGGGCAAGGAAAGGAUAUCGAGUGGUUGAGGUUGACGACGGCGAGUUUGGAUAAGUUGAGAGCGAGUAUUGGCUGUGGGAAAGGGUUGUGGGGGUGA